UGCACGUGUGUCAUCGUUUAACGCUAAUGUGUACACGUGUUGUCAUCGCCCCAUUAUUACAAUCCAAUUUCAUUGCGAUAAUCUAUUAUCGUGGCGAUAAUCUACUCGUCACUUAGCGUGAUGGAAGUUUGUAAAAUUGACAACGUCAUUUAUCGAACGAAUCCGAAUCGAACGUGUAAGGAACGAGGACACACACGGCAUUAAUAAUUCAAGCUAGCAUGUGUCGCAAAUACGCGACGUACGUUUACGGAUCGCGAUGUUCUUAAUCCGCCCGUAGAUGGAGAAAGAAAGAUAGAGAGAGAAAGAGAGAGACGCGUUACGUCUUAAUUCAUCGCGCGUAUAUCCGUUAUCGAGUCACGAAGCUAAAUCGCUCUUAGCGGUUUCGGUACAAUUAUCUCGGGCCUUCUGUGGGACUGAUUGAUGAUAGUACUUAUCGUCAUUGAAGCGCCCAACUUCGCGUUCCUCGCGUCCGAAGGUUACGUACGUAAUGCACGAGACGAGAUAAAUCGGGUGCAUUAACGUCGGCUGUUUCCUUCGCGCCAAACGAUAACAGCAACACGUACAACGCGAUCUGAUCGUUUAUCUAUAAUCGCACUCAACAAGAUAAAUAUAAAUCUGAUAUACCUGUGUGUGUGUGUGUGUGUGUGUGUGUCUAUAUGCGCGUCUUCGAUUUUUGCCAAGUAAUCGCGAUUGUUAUGUAAGCCGGAUACAAGUAUAAUAUAACGUAGAAAUGUGUGAAGACGCGUGUCUACUCAUUACAAGUAUUUUUUGGAAAUUUUUGAUAUUUUGAUAGAUUCGUUUACCUCGGUAAUUCGCGUCGUGAUCAUCUGCCUGCCCGCGCGAAAAUGGCGGCGAUUUCCGGUGGAGUUUGUGCGCAGCUACCAACUGCAAAUUUGAUGCGUGGCGACAUCUUUCGGCGCGAUGUAUCAAUUAUUAGGAUAAAAUUGUAGCCUACUUUACCGACUGCUGACUUUGGAUCAGCUGUUAUCUGUCAUCUGAUUUAGAUCCGAAAUUUCAAAAUAUUUUUAAUACAUAUAAAUCCAAAAGGUUAGGUUUUAUCUAUUUUUGCAUUAAUUAUAUUUUAUAACGCACAGAUAUAUCUGUAGAAAUAUAUCUGUACUUGAUAGGAAACAAACAUCCAUUCACCUGACGACUGAAUAUAUUGAGCAAACAAACGCAGAUAUUUCAUGUAUUCGUGGAAUAAAAAAGAAAUUGUUCGUCUCCGGUGUAUAGAUUGAAUUAUUUCGUACAUAUAUUAUAUCGCGACGUCAUAAAUCAAGAUCUUCGUAAAUAUUGCUUGAUUUAUUUGCGACGCGUGUAUACUUACAGCCAAGUUUCCAACACGAAGCGUUCGUAGAGAGGGAAUGAAUAAUGAAUGACAAAUAUUCGGAGUUUGCGGAAGAUUCGGAGGAGCCAUCCAUUACGUCGUCUGAUCCAAACGAGCGAAAAUUAGCACGUCGGAUUCGUGUUCAGCGACGUCUAGAAGCGUUAACUAAAAAAGCAGGCCCCGAAGAUGAAGAAAUUAUCGAAAAGACGCCUACCGAAAAGCAAAUACUUGCUAGUUUUGAACUCUUGGAAAAAUUAUCAAUGGAAGGAGACGAAGUGGUAUCUUGCGUGAAAAUCGCAAACGAUGCUAGAGAAUUACAACGACGAGAGGAAGAGCAGAAAAUCAGAAGAGAGUUGUUAAAAACACUCGAGGAAGACGAAGAUGAAUGCAUGAAAAGAUAUAAGAAGAUCAAUGAAAAAUGGUCGACUAUUCUUGCGUCUAAAGAUCCGUUGGAUAUACACGCGGAAAUGGAAGCUCAAAAUGCCAGGUGUUUGGAAAUUAUGGAGAGAAAAGACGCCGUCAUCGCACAAUUGCGACAAGAAUUGGAAAAUGCCGAUCUCAAAUUUGUUAAUGACCAGAAAAAUCAGAAUGAAGAUAUAGAUUUAUUGAUCAAUAGAAUGGACAAUCAAAUGAACAUCAUGACCAAAGCUUAUCGUCGUGAAUUAUCGCUCAUCAAUGAUGUGAUCGAAUCAGAGCGUAAAGUGUUGCUAGAAAAUAUGACGGAGAAGUGGGAAGCGUUAUAUAAAAAAUUACAAGAGGAUAGUCUCGCGGGAUUAGACAGACGAAAAGAAAUAAUGAGCGAAUAUGAAGAAGAAAUGAAGAGAGUCAUAAUCGAGCAUCAAGAAGAGUUUCGGGCUCAGAAAAUCAGUUUUGAACUUGAGAUUCAAAAGCUUCGACAAGAGGUGCAAAGCACGAAAGCGUUGUGUUUUAUGAAUAUUGAAAAGCUGGAUUAUAGCUACGCUGUACUUAAACGACGCGAAGACGAAAACGCUAUAGUAAAAAAUCAACAAAAGAGAAGAAUCAAUAAACUUCAAGAUGUUAUCAAUGCUCUGAAAAAGAAUUACACAGAAUUAGAAGAAAAUACGAGACUUGAAAUACAAAGACUUACUGAUCAAGUCAUAAAAGCGCAUAAAAAUAUUUUGGAUUUAGUGAAAAAAUCUAAUCAUUUCACUGACAUUAAUGAUAAGAAAUAUAUGCAAAUUUGGGACAUGAAUGAGAAAAAUGCGAAUGAACUGCUUGAUAAGAUUUUAACUAUUGAUAAAGUUAUAUAUGAAGAAGCGUUAGGUCUGGAAUGGAAUCCACCUGAAGAAACCUUAUUAAAAAAAGAAGAUCUGCCAUCUUAUCACAGUGUGAUAUGCACUAUAGAAGAAGAAAAUAGAAUGGCCGACGAGAAAAAAGCAAUAUGUAAAUCUUACAAACCGGCAAAUACCGUCGAAGAAAUCAAUUUAGAAAGGAAAUUAUUGAAUCAUAUUAUAAAGCAGAUUGCCGAUCGUUGCGAUUAUCUGAUUGAAAAUGAAUUGCUCGAAUUGCUUUUACCUUACACUGUGAAGGAUCAGCUGGUUAUACAAUUAGAUAAUGUAUUUCAGGCAUUGAACGUGAAAUCCGAGGAGGAGCUGGGCUUCCUCUUGAAUUUCUUUCUACCAUAUGCAUAUUGUCCCACAUGUAGCAAGGAUAUAAGCAGAUCUACUUGUGACGAAACUGUUAAAUCUCCUUCUCUGAAAACAGACAUUGAACAGUUGGAUAUCUGCGAUGAAGUUGCUGAAGAGUUUACAGAAGAUGAGGUUAAAUUGAUUGCCGCUGCGAAAGAAGCGAUCUGUGACGAGAAAUCAUUUAAUCUCAGUGAUGAUGCGAGUAUAAGUAGUUCAGUUCCAAGUUCUCCAACUGAAACAUUACUUCCUAUUGCGGAGCGCACCUCAACUUCUUUUGCAUCUAUUAGCGAUAUUGUCAAAGAUGACGAUCAGAUGCAACGACGUUUAUUAUGCGACAAAGGACACUUGCUUGAAAUUGAAACUUCAUUUGUAACUAGAGCUUUACGAGAAUUUGUAGAAAGAUAUCAUUUUGUUAAAUGGAAAGAGAUGCCACAAACUUUUCAAGAAAAAUUAACAGAGAAAAAAACGGUUGUAUCUCGAAAUAUGACAAUUCAGGAUAACAAAUUUUGGAAGCGUUACAGUGAAAUUUUUCCAGCAAAGAAGGAGCGACUUUGGGAUGGCUUAUUAAUUGGACUUAAGAAAUAUCAUAAAGUAUUAAAAGAAAGACAUCAGUUGAAUGUUGAAAUGGAAUCUUUACAAAGGCAGAAUGCGGAAUUACGUCGUUUAUUGAAAACAUACAUAAUUCAGCCUGAGAAUGAUGGAUUAUCGCAAGAUGAUGCACAAUCUGUUUGUGAGAACAUUUAAAAUGCAUUUCCUGCAUAAAUUAAACUUACUUUAAUAAAAUUGGCUAAUUGAAUUUAAUAUACAACUCUCAACAUGAGAAACCCCAAAAAUAUAAUGUAAAAAUAUACAUAUAAAUUAUAUUACUAUAUAUUUUACGAUUCUUGUUUUAAAUUGCGAUAGUUUGAACAGCAAUGGACUCUACAACCUUCGUUGCACAAUGGGCUUAACAUCAAUACGAAUAAUGAAUGCAUAUCAAUACAUAUUUACUUGUUUUCAUACUUGUUGCUAUAUACAUACAUAUAUGUAUGUGUAUACAUUUAUAUAUAUAUAUAGCAGAUUUACGUUUUCUCUUUUAAACAAUUUCUUAUUAUGCAAAAA